AAAAAAAAAACCAAUCGAUUUUCGAAAGCAAAUGAAUCUAAUUUUAGACAACCAAUCCAUCAGCCCUCAACAGCCACUUCUUGGGCAAAAUCUGUGCUUUCCAAACCACACAGCCCAUUUGCUCAGUGUGAUCCUCAUCCCUAGCCGACGGACGGAGGCAUCGAAAUAAAAGUGAAUUUUUAUCGCUGUGCUGCAAAAGGCCGCCAGGCAUAUGAAAGACGGCUCAGGGGUAGCUAGCCUCUAAAUGCUUUCAAACUCCACUCUGAGGGCUCUCCGGAGUCCUCUAGUCACGGGCUUCAGGACCACGACAGCUAUUGGUCGGACACGACAAUUUCAGCAGAUAAGAUACUCCUCAUCUUCUCCUAAGCAGCCAUCAUUGAGUGGAAACUUCUACAAGACAUUUGGAAGGCCGAUAUUGAAAGUCGUGCUCUCUGCCAUGUUCGUCUACCAGGUCGCUUAUUACGCCUGGGUCAAGAUGGAGACUGAUGAGAUCACGCGGGACCGCCAAGCUGAGAUCGCCAAGCUGGAGGACACGCUCAGCGCAUUGACAGCGCCUAUUGAGUCACCCAAGGAUGUCACCAACUCAGCAGGGAAGAGGUAAAGCCUUAUGUGGACGAAAUUUACUGCUUGUUGUGGGCUGCUUGUAAAGCACAUCCGGGAAGCACCAGUGAACAACCACCUGCUUAGGAAGUAUAGGGUUGUAACUGUAGUUGUAACACCACACAGUAUCAGUAGCCUGUAUACAGAUUCUUCUGAUGACGGAAACUUUUGGCAGUGCGCCAGAAAAGCUCAGGAACCAUAUGCUUUAUUCAAUGCCUCGAAC